GCUGUUCCCGUGGGCAUUAGUAGAGACACUGCCAAUUUUCUAACCUGCAUGUUACUUGCAAUUUUAUUUUACAAUUCUUGGCUUUUUCAUUAAAUAUUCGUAACAAUGUCAGGAGACGGACACGAAUUAACAUAUUGUGAUAAAAGCAUAUACGAAACACACAUGCUAACUCCAAAAAACUUUCCGAUAUUAAAAAACAAUCGUCUACUAAAAGCAGCAAGAGGUGAAACACCAGAUAAACUUCCAAUAUGGAUCAUGCGACAAGCGGGACGCUAUUUACCGGAAUUCCGUGAACUCCGCAAGCAGCAUGGCUUUUUUGAAAUUUGUCAAGAACCUUACCUCGCGUGCAACGUAACGCUAAUGCCUAUUAAACGUUUCGCUUUCGAUGCUGCUAUCAUCUUCAGCGACAUAUUAGUUAUACCACAGGCGCUGAAAAUGAUCGUCGAAAUGGGUGAUAAGGGACCUUACUUUCCGGAACCGUUGACACUCGACAAUUUGAGCAAGUUGGAUAGUAAAGAUGCAAUUGCUCGUUUAGAUUAUGUGGGGAAGGCGAUUACGCUGACACGGCAUAAGCUGGAAGGUACGGUUCCGCUGUUCGGUUUCUCCGGUGCACCUUGGACACUAAUGGCCUUCAUGAUCGAGGGAGGUGGAUCUAAGACACUCUCGAAGGCUAAGAGGUGGUUAUACGCUCAUAAAGAGGAAUCGCACAGCUUACUAACUUUACUAACCAAUGUGAUUAUAGAUUAUUUUGUAAUGCAAGUAGAGGCCGGUGCCCAGAUUUUGCAAUUGUUCGACACUAGCGCCGAAUAUUUGAAUAAAUCCCUGUAUAAAGUGUACGGUUUGCCGUACUUGAAAAGGAUACGUCAGGAGGUAAAAGAUAAGUUAAAGCAACGUAACUUGGAAGAUGUGCCGGUGGUGCUCUUUGCCAAAGGCGCAUCUUUCUGUUUAGAAGAACAGGCAGAAUUAGGUUACGAAAUAUUAGGGGUAGAUUGGACUGUCAACAUAGAAUCUAUGAAAAGAGAAUGUAAUGUAACUUAUCAAGGAAAUUUGGAUCCCUGUGCCUUAUAUGCACCUAAAGAGGAUUUGGAAGGGUAUGUGAAAGAUAUGAUAGCCAAGUUUGGGGUUAAUCGUUACAUAGUUAAUUUGGGUCAUGGAAUUUAUCCAGAUAUGGAGAUAGAAUCUGUUAAAACAUUUAUCGAUACUGUCCAUAACAUAAAGACUCAUUAGAAUGUAAUCUCAAUAAAUCUGUACUGGUUUUUGAAUAAAUACUAUGGUUUAUUA